GUCCAUAUGCACAGCUGCAGACGCUGGGAAGAGAUGCCAUGACCUUCACCUUCACCGUCCUGAUCUGCCUGGGACUGAGUCUGAGACCCAGGACCCCAGUACUGGCAGGGAACUUACCCAAGCCCACAAUCAGAGUUCAUCCAGACUCUGUGGCCUUUAGGGGCAUGCAAGUGACCAUCUCAUGUCUGGGGACUUCAGACACAUGGAAAUACCUUCUCUAUCAAGGGAAAAUCUCAGGAUUCCACCACAAAAUGACCUCAGCAGAGCCUGGGAAGAAAGCUGAGUUCCUCAUAGAAUCAUUGGGAAAACACAAUGGAGGGCGAUAUUACUGUCAAUAUCAGACCACUGCUGGAUGGUCAGAGCUCAGUGACCCCCUGGAGCUAGUGGUGACAGGAGUCUAUGACAACAAACCCAGCCUGUCAGCCGUGCCCAGCUUUGUGGUAGCCUCGGGAGAGAACAUGACCCUUCAGUGCAUCUCACAACAGGGAUAUGACAAGUUCAUUCUGACUAAAGAUCAGUUCUCCAUCUCCCUGGACUCACAGUACAUAUAUUCUACUAGGCAGUUCCAGGCCCUGUUCCCUGUGGGUGCUGUGACACCCAGCCAUGCGGGGACAUUCAGAUGUUAUGGCUACUACAAGGAAAACCCGCUGGUGUGGUCUUAUCCUAGUGAUGCUCUGGAAAUAAAUGUCUCAGCCUGUCUUCCUUCCAGGGCUGCUAAGAAGCCCUCCUUGCUAACCCAGUAGGAUCCUGUUCUGGACCCUAAAGAAAACCUGACCCUCCAGUGUUAUUCUGACAUUGGUUACAGCAGAUUCACUCUGUCUGAGGAGAAGGCUGACCUUCCCCAGAACCCUGGCCAGCAGCGCCAGGUAGGACUCUCUCAGGCUGGCUUCUGGCUUCCCCUUGGACCCCAUGUGUAGAUCCCAUGGGGCUGGUACAGUUGUGGUGCACACAGGCUCUCCCACAAGUGGCCUGUACCAAUUGAUGCUCUGAACAUCCUGAGAGUUAAUGAGGUUGACAACCUGGGACACCUGCCUCCCCUGAUAGACUUGACCCUGUGUGACCAGCCCCACAAUGCACAGACACCCUUGGUCACCUGUUAUCCUACUUGUCUUAGACAAGUUAAUGAAGACAAAGAUGACAAAGCCAAUACUAGGGGUGACAGUCACGAUGGGACUCUCCCCAAGCCCAUUAUCUGGCCUGAGCCAAGCUCUGUGAUUGCAAAGAAUAUGCCUGUGACCAUCUGGUGUCAGGGAACCUUCGAGAGCCUGGAGUACCAGCUGCAUAAAGAGGGAAGCCAAAUUCCCUGGGACAGACAGUAUCCACUUCUGAUCAAGAACAAGGCCAAGUUCUCCACCCAAUUCAUGACAAUGGACUAUGCAGGGCGAUACCACUGCCGCUACAGCAGCCCCGCUGGCUGGUCAGAGCUCAGUGACCCACUAGAGCUUGUGAUGACAGAUCCUCAAGACCAGUCCAACACCACCAUUGAAUCUGGCACUGGGAGUGCUUCACAGCCCCGGGAUCACACAGUGGAGAAUCUAAUACGAAUCACUCUGGCAGCGCUGGUCCUAGCCACUCUUGGGAUUCUGCUGUUUGAGGCUCUUCACAGCCAGAAAAGGGCCAAGGAUUCAAUCAGGAGAUGUUUCGGUUCUGGAAUUAAAAGCUCCCCUCAUCCAUCUAUUGAGAACAGAAAAGAGAGAACACGACUAGCCAGUGCCUACACAAACCUUGUCCAGGGACCGUACCCCUCAGCUGGGUAUGAGUCCACUGGCAGACCCCAGGGGAUCAGGAGUAUGCAGGAAGGAGAGGAUCUUUCAGGAUACAGGGACAAAGCUCUCAGAGGGAUUUCUCUUCCAGGACUGGGGCUCAGCAUCAGGACUGCAGCACUGACAGGGACUCUCCCCAAGCCCAUUAUCUGGCCUGAGCCAAGCUCUGUGAUUGCAAAGAAUAUGCCUGUGACCAUCUGGUGUCAGGGAACCUUCGAGAGCCUGGAGUACCAGCUGCAUAAAGAGGGAAGCCAAAUUCCCUGGGACAGACAGUAUCCACUUCUGAUCAAGAACAAGGCCAAGUUCUCCACCCAAUUCAUGACAAUGGACUAUGCAGGGCGAUACCGCUGCCGCUACAGCAGCCCCGCUGGCUGGUCAGAGCUCAGUGACCCACUAGAGCUUGUGAUGACAGGAGUCUACCAAAACCCCAGCCUGUCAGUCCUUCCUAGCCAUGUAGUGACCUUAGGAGUGAGCAUAACCUUCCAGUGUUGGUCAGAGCUGGGAUUUGGCACCUUCAUUCUUAUCCAGGAAGGAAAACCCAGUCUCUCCUUCACUCUGGACUCACAACAUCACAAUCGACAGUUCCAGGCCCUCUUCCACGUAGACUCUGUGACUGCCAGGCACAAUGGAACUUUCAGAUGCUAUGGAUAUUUCAGGAACACUCCCUGGGUGUGGUCACUGCCCAGUGACUCCCUCAAGGUUUUGGUCUCAGCAGAUCCUGAGGACAAGUCCCCCACCACCACUGAGGCUGGCACUGAGAAUGGACUGGAAACAUACCAGAAGGUGCUGAUCGGGGUCUCAGUGGUCUUCCUCCUGCUGCUCCUCCUCUUUCUCCCCAUUCUCCUCCAAUACUGGUGUAAAGGCAAAGGCAAGAAUGCAGAUCAGAGAAAGGCAGACUUGCGCCUUCCUGCAGAGGCAGUGCCCAUGGAUAGAGGUCCUCAAAACAGCUCCAGCUUAGCUGCUGCCAUCCAGGAGGAAAACCAGUAUGCCACAGUGACAGACAUACAGCCCGAGGACAGCAUGGAAAUAGACUAUCAGAGCCCACCUAAGGAAGACCUCCAGAGAAUGAUGUAUGCCCAGGUAAAACCCUCCAGGCUCAGGAAGGCAGUGGCCACCGCUUCAUCCCCACUAUUUCAGGGAAAUAUUGGACAUGAAGAACAGUCAGGACAGGACAAAGAGACUUACCUGCAGGCUGCUGUAUUCAAGGAGUCCCAGGAUACGACCUAUGCCCAGCUGUGCAGUAUGACACUCAAACAGGAGACAAGCUAAGACCAGCGAUCACUCUGCUCUGGUGCCCACCAGCAAAGGGAGAAGACCCAGACUCCACAGUUCAUGAAGGAAGACACGGGGCCACCUGAGCACACAGGCUCUGCCCCAACUGAGAUCUGGCUAAUGAACCCCAGCCAUCUUGCAGACCUCUUGUGUCAUCAGGAGAUCUUUGAAACCGAUGACUCUUUUGAUUAUGCAAUCAGAGAUAACUAGUGUCCCUACAUUUUGUAAAUAAAGCAAAAAUCCUUUUCAAUAAUCAAUGAAUGAAAUGAGAAGAAAACUGAGACUGUUUUGAAUUGAACGAUAAUGUAACCAUGGUACACUAAACUAUGGAACUGGAAAAAUCAGAACCAUGAAUAAAUACAUAAGAAGAUGAA